AUGGCGAGGAAGCGCAACAAGCCAUCGGUUCCCGGCGUUUUGUGGCGCAUGUUCCGCCACCGAGCGCGAACCCUCUCAGACACCAUCACGUCCUUGCUCCCUCCUCCGCCGCAGCUUUGCCGCUGCGACGGACGCCGUUGCCUUGGCUGCACCCUCGACGCCAAGUCUUUUCUCCUCCGACCCGACGAUCCCUCCGAUUACCGCAAACUCCUCACGCAGUGCUACAUCGUCGUUUCGGAAAACGCACCUUCGCUCCCGUUCUUCGUCCCUCUCUCCGGCUUGCCCCAAGAUCAGGUUACUGAUACUCGGAUAUCUAAUUCCAUCCUCAAGAUGUGCUUUCCCCCCGUGUUGGGGACCAUUGAGCAGAUGCUGCAUCGUAGGGAACCAGCAGUUUCCAAUGUGUUGUGCUCUGGUUAUGAUAGGAGUAAAUGUUCAAGCCUUACUGUAGAGCUUUUAUCCUGUGCACCUUGGUGUCUUCUGUUAAGCAGGGUUGGAAAUGAUUUUAUGAUUUACCUACUAGCAAAUACAUCAAUAUUCUUGCCAGCUCCCCAUGGAAAACACCACCAGGUGGGAGGUCCUCCUAUUAGUUGUCUAUGUUUUGAUAUGCUCAAGGGUUCGCGGAAGUUUGGCUAUCAAACAUAUGGUGAACAGAAGAGGAAAAGAGCUGAUGCUGAUGACCUACCAGUAGAGAAACGAAAGUGCCAUGCCUCUUACCGUACCAAUGAUCCUCUGGGCUUUUCAGGUAGCCUUGGCAAAACUGAUAAGUCUUCAAUGCAACGGAUCAGGCAUCAUGGGAGCAGGAAUUCUGAUGUCAGUGUCUCUGAAUCUCCCACGUCAACUACAACUAGGAAGUUGGAGUCUGAAGGGAAACAAGGCUCAAAUUGUAUUACACCUAAGCUUGGAAAGCGUUCCAGGCCAUUUAGCUGGCAACGGCACAGUUGCAAAAUGCAAAAGCAGUUAAAUUUUGAAGAACAUAGUCGACAUGUACAUUUCAAUGUCCUUGGCACGGAUACAGAUAUCCUGCAUGCGAGUUCUCAGCCAAACACCAGCAUCUCAAGUUCUCAUGCAAAGAUGUCAUUGCAAUGUUCUUGCUGUUUAAUCUUGCAAUCUCCUCCAGCUGUUCCUAAGAGGACUGAUAUCAAAAGGAAAUGUAUUUUUUAUAGCCUGGAGUCUUCUGGUUCAGUUCUUCCAAAGAAACGUAUCCACUAUGUUAGAGAUAUGUGCUCAGCCAAUGUCUUGUUUGCACAGCAGGGGCUCAUGUCUCAUUGGUUCUGUAUGCCUGACAAAGAAUCAGAGACAAAUUUGCACAAGAAAUAUGAGGAGUUUGGUACUAAACACUGUGAAAAUACUUUGGAAGCAGUAUAUUCAAAAUCUGAUGCAUUUAAGUCAUACUGCUCAAAAAGUCAAGUUGUAUCUUUCAUAUGGGCUGUUUCUAGGAGUUUACUUCCUUCCGAAUUAUUAGGGCAAAAAGAAUUCAAGAAUUGGAAUGAUGCGGUAUAUGUUGUCAAACGUAAGCUUUUGGAGAAGUGGAUCUUCUGGUAUUUCUCUUGUCUGGUUGUACCUUUGCUGCAAGCAAACUUCUAUGUUACUGAAAGUGAGAAAGGGAAACAAGAUAUUUACUAUUAUCCAAAACCAGUGUGGGAGAAGUUGGCCGCUAACACUAUUUCUUGCUUCAGAGACUGGAGAUACAGUUACCUGGAUGAUGUGGCUGUACAUAAUAUUCUGAGAGAUAGACCGUUUGGGUUUUCAAAGCUUAGGCUUCAACCAAAAGAAAAUGGAGUAAGGAUGGUGGCAAAUCUGAAAGGUUCUUCAACAAUGCCAUUACAUUUGUCCACUGUGGGAAUUCAAAAUGGUAGAACUGAAGGGAAGGUAAAAUACCAGAAAAUCAAGUAUGAACAUUUUCCUUCUGUAAAUUCUGUUCUUCGUGAUGCCCAUACUAUUCUAAAAGGAAUUUUGUUUGAGGAACCUGACAAGCUAGGUUCUUCAGUUUUUGACUAUAAUGAUGUUUACAGAAAACUAUGCCCCUUUUUGGUUGACCAAAAGAAAAAGUCAGGAACUAUGCCGAACUUAUUCAUUGUUACAUCUGAUGUGUUGCAAGCAUUUGAUUCUAUUGAUCAGAACAACCUUCUUGGCAUAGUUAAAAAUAUUCUACUGAAGGAUGAAUAUUUUCUUAAGCAGUAUGAUCAAGUUGUUUGCACAAGGAAGUCUCUGUGGGUUCAAAAGCAACUUACAAUGUUGGAUAAAAGCAAAAAUGAUCACACACGAUUCACUUCAUUUACAUCCUUUCCUUCUCGGCAUGCUGUCUUUGUUAACCAGGAACGAUGGAAGCUUGUCAAAAAGAAAGUUCUGUUUUCCUAUCUUAUGGAGCAUGUAAAGCACAAUGUUUUGCAGUUUGAUGGAAAAUUUUACUUGCAAGAUGUUGGCAUUCCCCAGGGAGGAAUUUUGUCACCCUUGCUUUGCUCCAUAUAUUAUGGACAUUUGGAGAAACAUGUAAUAUUUCCAUUUCUUGAUAAGACUCUUGAAUCAGGCAGCAGCUCCAGGGAGAAUAAUGCUGGCCAAACCAACUGUGAUGAUAGAGUCUCACCUUCCCCGUACAUGCUAAUGCGAUUUAUUGAUGAUUUCCUUUUUAUAUCAACCUCUAAAAAGCAGGCAGAUAGCUUUUUCUCCAGGCUACAAAGAGGAUUUCGUGGUUACAAUUGCUACAUGAAUGGGAAAAAGUUUGGUGCGAACUUUGAUGUAGAACAGAUAUCACGCUCCUCCUUGAACAGGGUUUCUGUGGGUGAAGAUGGUACCACUUCAUUUAUUCCAUGGAGUGGUCUUCUUAUCAAUUGCAACACUAUGGAAAUUCAGGCUGACUACACCAAGUAUUUGGGUAACCAUUUAAGCUCGACACUUACUGUUCGUUGGCAAGGUAAACCAGGCAUUAAUCUUAAGGAGAAGCUGUGUCUCUUUCUAAGACCAAAAUGUCACCCGCUAUUCUUCGAUUCGAAUAUAAAUUCCGCAGCUGUUGUCAGAUUAAAUAUUUAUCAAGUAUUUUUGUUAUGCGCUAUGAAGUUUCAUUGUUAUAUUCGGGAUCUAUCUUUCAUCUGCAAACUUCACAAAAGAUACUGUUCAAACAUUAUUCAGAGAUCGUUGAGAUAUAUGUACCUGCUGAUAAAGAAAAGGAUGUACUCCAUGAGUCUUAAUUCAGAUGUGCAGCCGAUUCUCAAGUUGGAGAAGGAAGAAGUGGAAUGGCUUGGAUUUCAUGCCUACGUACAAGUACUUAAGAGAAAGGAAUCACGUCAUAAGGAGUUGCUAGCUGUUUUGAGGUCAAGGUUGUCAUCACAUAGAAUGUCUGGGAGGGUGUCACCUGAACUUAAAUAUGCGGUUAAUACCAAAAAUUCCUCUUUGCUUUGGGACAUCAAGUAUUAA